AUGAAUACAAAUGAAUGGGAAAAUAUUGACAAUACCUACUAUGGGAAAAAAAAAGUAAGUAAUAUGCUGUGGGCGAACGAAGACGUACUAAAGGAUAGUACUAUUUGUUCAGGAAAAUUAGGACUAAUCGCCAUUUUACGAAAUAAAGAUAAAUUUGAUAUUUAUAAGAAAGAAGAUAAUUUAAGAAUAUACACAAACAUAGGUAGAUUAAUAUCUAGUUGUCUGUUAAAUUAUGAAAAGUUAAUAUGUAUGGGUUGGAAUAAAGAUAAUGAUCUAAUUUUUCUUUUUGAUGAUAAUAUAGUUCGAGUAUAUUCAUGCUUUUGUGAAAAAAAAUAUGUUUUUUCUUUAGACGAUAAUAUUAAAAAUGAAGGUAUAUUAUAUGGAAAAAUAAUUGAUGAAGGUAUUAUUAUAAUAACUGAAAAAUUAAAUAUAUAUGUUAAUUAUUAUUUUAGUGGCAGCAAUUGUGUUAGAUAUCCGUAUAUAGAUUUAAAAGACGAACCGAGCGGUGUAUGGGCAGUAGAUGAAGAUCAAUUAAAUGACGAUUUAAAUUUUGAAAAUAACUAUUUUGAAAAUAGAACUAGUAAUAAUUUAAUGAAAAUAAAUUUAAAAAGUUAUAUUACAAAUCCUUUUGAUUUUAAAAAGGGAAGUCCUAAUGAAAAUGCAACAGUAUCAAGUAAUAAUGUGCUCACUGAAUGCAAGGAGGAUUAUAGAAUAUCAUGGACUGACGAAACAAAAUCAUUUCCAUCCACUGGUAUUAACAAUAAUAAUUCUGAUGAUAAGAAUGGAAACAAAAAAAAGUUAAAAAAAAGUGAGAAAACAAAAAAAAGAAAAUCUUUAAUAAAAAUAUCGGCAUAUGAUCUAAAUAAACGAGACAAACAAAACAAUAUAAUAAAUAAUAAACCCAAAGAAACAAAAGAAUUAAAUAUACAUUUGAUAAUAACACUACAUAAUGGAGGAUUUGUAUUAUUAAAUAAACAUCGAUUUAAAUAUUAUGAUACAGAUUAUCCUCACCCAUAUAUUAAUAUGUGUGUAUCAAAAUCUGGGGGUAUUAUAGCAUUUUUAUCAGACAAUGGUAUUAUAAAAAUAUAUUUAACUAAAAAUUUAAAUAAUUGCAUUGAAGAAACAGUUUUAGAUAAUAAAAAAAAUAUAAAACAAAUCGUAUGGUGUGGCGAUGAUUGUCUAGCAGUAUAUACUCCAUUAAUCACACCUUCUAAUUACAUACAACAUAUGUUAUUUAUUGGUGGGCCUAAAAAUCAAUGGAUUCCUUAUCAAUAUAGAAGCCAUUUAUACCUUGUAGGAGAUAUAUAUGGUGUUAAAAUAAUAAGUAAUGAAUAUUUAGAAUAUAUAAGUAGAAUAAGAAAAUCGACAUUUAACAUUUUUAGUAUAGGCAGUUGUACUUCUUCAGCAAUGCUUUUUUAUUCUUAUGAAAAAUAUGCAAAUGGAAGUAUAUGUUUAGAUGAUGAAAUUAGAGCAUUUAAUGAUAAUCUUGAUAUUGCUAUUGAAGAAUGUUUAAAUGCUUCUACUCAUGAAUAUGAUGAAAAUGUUAUUAAUAUGCUACUUAAAGCUGCCCUUUUUGGUAAAAAUUUUAUGAAAUUUAAUUACUCCAGCAAAAAAACUAUUUUAUAUUGCUUAUAUUUACGUAUUUGUAUGAAUGUUAGAAAACCACCAUUAGAUAUUUACAUUACAGCAGCAGAACUAGAAUACAUGAGUAUACCAAAAUUUGUUCAAUACAUUGCAAAAAGAAAGGAAUAUUUCCUAGCUUAUCGAAUUUGUGAAUAUGCAGGGAUUAAUACGGAUAAUAUACUAAUUGAAUGGUGUAAAGAAAAAAUAGAAAAAUCCAUUGAAUUAACUGAUGAGCAAUUAUGUGCAGCUAUAAUUGAUAAAAUAGGUGAUAAAAAAAAUAUGAACUAUUCCUAUAUAGCAUUCAUUGCGGCUAAAUGUUUAAGACCCCAACUCGCUACCAUAAUAGUUCAAUAUGAAGAAAAUAAAAAAAAGCAAAUAGAAAUGUUAAUAAAAUUAGCUAACUAUAGUUUAUCAAUGGAAAAAGCCAUUCUUUCAAAAGAUAUUGAACUUGUUUAUUUAUGUAUUACAAAUAUUUUAAAUAAAGAACAAGUUAAUGCAAAUGGGGAAAAGGAAUUUAAUACAUUAAUAGAUAUUUUUAAUCAAAAUAUACAUGCAUACAACUGUUUUUAUGCUUAUUGUAACAAAACAAAACAGUAUAAUUUACUUAAAGAAUUUUAUGAAAAAAAUGGUCAACAUUCAAAAGCUGCUUUUGUCACAUUACAGUUGGCACUUUCAAAAAAAAAUGUUGAACAAAAAAAAACAUGGCUAGCUUAUUCGGCAGGGUUUUUGACAACUGAUAAUAUGGAUAGCCAUAUAGGAUUUGUUCACACAUCUAUAAUGAAUAAUAUUGAUUUAUUAAAUUAUCAAAAAGAGUUAGAAAUGAAAUAUAAUAAAAAGUCUGUAAUAGGGUACCCUCAUAAAAUAUUAGGUUUGUCAUUAAUGAAAACAGUAGAAUAUACAUUAGCAGUUGGUGAAUUUUUAGAUGCCGAUCAUUUAUUUAAAAGGUUCAAAAUAUCAGAACCAAAAUUUUGGAGAUGCAAAAUAUAUACAUUAGCCAAACAUAAAUAUUUUGAUGAAUUAUACAACUUUGCAAAUUAUAGAGUUUCACCAAUUGGUAUGGAUUAUUUUAUAGAAUGUGUGUAUGAAUUUGGUUCGGCUCCAUUGACCGUUAAAUUUAUCCAAAAAAUUAAAGAUCUAAAUACUCAACAUAAAUGGUUUAUGAAAUAUAAUAUGCAAGCCGAAGCAGAUCAAGUGUUAGAAGACAUAAAAACAAAAAAAAAUACACCCACAUCACUGUUCCAAACAAUAACAGAUGCAAUAUCGAGCAUGAGAUAA